AAGCCUCCAGCCACUCAGCGUCGAGCGCUUCCGCACGACCCACGGGCCCACGACCACUACGCCAACGUCAUUCUGCGCAUCCCUUGGCCAUGUGCACAUCUCGUACCUUGCUCGACUCCAACCCAUCCACUUGCCCUUACCACUAUCCAGAUGGCAUCUUACUUAUAA